AUGAUUCUGCGUGUGCUUUUUGUGGGUCACGCGGGUCAAAACAUCCAACUAAAUCAAAGAGAUUUUAAUGUUGCAUGGGCAUUUAUUGUAUCUUGGAAUGUGAAGUUUAUAUGGUCAAAUGUGCUAUGGUUUGCGAGGAAUAGUCACGAUUUCUACUAUUUUAUUCUUAUGUAUGUUAUUCUUUCAGAAGGCAAAGAAUUCUUGGCUCAUUUUCAUAUGAAAAAUACAAAACAAGAGGCAAUAUUAGAAAAUGGGUACAAAUUGAAGUGCAUAUUUAUGUUCAGAGAAUUAUGGAUCGAAUCAUAA